ACGGUUCCUUUCGACGGGGAAUCCCAAGCAAACGUGUGGGUGUCGUUGUUGGUGUGUAGAUCUAGUUUGUUUGAGUGGUUGAGUUUUGAAACACCGGAAAACAUUGCACUCGUCGUACGAGCUCUGGCACAGAUAAUAGUCCCUCUGAUUGGUGCCUUUGGCAAAGCGCCACAAUGAGUGAUCAGGCCGAGGGUAAUAAGGAUUUCGAGGACCUGUGGUGGAACUCCAUGGUUCCUGUCGCAGACGCCAAUUGGGAGACAACUUUCCUUUCAGAGUCCCAGUUUGAUGAGAACGUGUUUGAGCAGCUACCGUCUGACGCCGAGCCACUGGUCAGUGGAGCUCCACCAUGCUCCACAGUGCCCACCAUCACAGACUACCCGGGGGUCCACGCCUUCCAGCUGCGCUUCCCCCAGUCCAGCUUCGCCAAGUCCGUCACUUCCACUUUCUCUCCGCCCCUGAACAAGCUGUACUGCCAGCGGGCCAAGACGUGCCCGGUUCACAUGGUGGUGGGUGAGCUGCCCCCGCCGGGCUCCGUGGUGAGGGCCACGGCCGUCUACAAGAAGUCUGAGCACGUGGCGGAGGUGGUGAGGCGAUGCCCACAUCACGAGAGGACCCUCGAAAACAGUGACGGCUCCGCCCCUCCCAGUCACCUGAUCGUGGUGGAGGGUAACAGACAUGUCGUGUACCAGCAGGACCCAAACACAGGCAGGCAGAGUGUAGUGAUGCCCUACGAGCCUCCACAGCAAGGGAGCGAACACACUACGGCCCUCCUGAACUACAUGUGCAUGAGCAGCUGUAUGGGCGGCAUGAACCGCAGACCAAUACUGACCAUCGUCACCCUGGAGACACAAGAUGGAGUGGUCCUUGGACGCCGGUGCUUUGAAGUGCGGGUGUGCGCCUGCCCCGGACGGGACCGCAAGACAGAGGAGACCAACUUCAAAAACGCGCAGGAGGCCAAAACUUCUGCAAAGACCUCCUCAACCGCCACUAAGCGCAGCAUGCCAGACUCAUCCCAGCCGGCCACAGGGUCAUGCGCUGAGGGCAGCAAGAAGUCAAAGGUCAGCUCCACCACAGACGACGAGAUCUUCACCCUGCAGGUUCGGGGGAGAGAGCGAUUCGAGAUGCUCAAAAAGAUUAACGACAGCCUGGAGCUCUCCGAUAUAGUGCCACCUAGUGAUGCAGAGAGAUACCGCCUGAAGAACCACUCCAGAGGAGCCGCCAGGCGUGAGCGUGAGGGCAGCACUGUGGAGCUAAAGAAGGGCAAGAGGCUUCUGGUGAAAGGAGAAAAGAGCGACUCUGAUUAACAGCACAUCAAGGAUUCUGCAGUACUCAUUUCUGUCGGAACCUUUCUGUAGCAGUAGCCCCCAUCAUUUCUCACCGACAAGUCAUUUUUACAAUGGGUUUAAGUACUGUAUUUCAUGUUCUUUGUAGUAUGUAGAAUCCAAUUAAUGCCUUUUCUGUUGUAACGCUUACAUCAUCAAUACUGUGACUUGUGUAGUACAAAAGUUUGACACUUAGAGGUAGAAUAGUCUGUCAAUAUGGCUGAUGGCCCUUCUAGGAGUGACUGCACCCUCUAAACUCAUCCGUUGGUUUCAUCACAUGCAGUUCUGUUUUUCUCUGCCUACAAAAACUUAGCUAAAUGUUAAACUGUCACAGGGAAAGAAACACCUAAUAAGAGCAUAACUGAAUUUUGAACAACUGAACAAAAGUACCUAAUGUUUUUUAACCCUUGUAAUGUGUUUGGGAGUUUUUGACCCAUUUUUUUUACUUGAGAAAAAUAGAAUGAAUUAUUAUUCUUUCACAUUGAGAUUAAAUGGCCUUGACUCAUUUUCUGUGAGGAACAUGAAUGAGUGAACAUAAGGGGUUUUUUUUACAUGUUAAAGCACUGUUUACUUAUUUUCGCUCAUUCAGCACAUUCACCACAACCAUAUCUGUUUUAAAAAUCUCAAUCCGUUACAUGGUUUAAGUGAUGUUAUUUAUAUGUUGCUUCAUCUUCUAUAAGUUCUAUAAGCUGUAUGGUGUAUUGGUAUAUAUUUUCCAGCUUUUCUUUCUUUUUAUAUAUAUAUUCUCACUAUGGGAACAUAUUUCAUAUAAAAUAUUAUACUUUA